AUGACAGUGGACACGCCGCUCAUAAUCAACCAGGAGACGCUGGAAGAGCUUCAGAAACAGGACGACUCGCUAUCGAAGUUUGUGCGUCUGAAGAAGAUGUACCACAAUGGGUUUUACUCGGACUUCGAGCUGACCAUACUGCGAUCGAAGCCAAACGACUGCCCAAUUGUGCAGAAGUACUCCAGAAUAGAGUCCUUCAGCCAUCACGGCAAGUCUGUGACACUCAACACCUUCUUCAGCGAGCAUCCUCUGCGAGAGUACCAAAAGAGAAACGACCCAAAUCUACGGCACGAUAUCCGGGAGAGAAUUGAGUCAUUGCCGGUUCUUGUGUUUGUGCACGGCCUGGGCGGCCAGCUGUCGCAGUUUGAGCCGAUACUGCAGGAGUUCCGCAACUGUGCCGACGUUUUCGGCGUCGACCUUCCUGGAUUUGGCAAUUCGAAAGUGAGCACCAAGACGCUCAAAUUUAGACUGACCCAGUUCUCGGACGAGGAGCUAGCGCGCUUGGAGCGCGACACAAAGAACCUUGUUCCCGAAGACUACACGAGCGAGAAUAUUGCAGAUCUGCUGAACACCAUUCUGACGACCAAGUUUCCUAAUAGACGAUUUGUUCUCAUUGCGCAUUCCAUGGGCACGCAUCUGGCCACAAGACUGGUCAAUCUUCUGCCAGAGAACAAGGUUGAGUCGCUGGUGAUGAUCUCGCCGCCUAAACUGGCCCCAAUGAACCUUCCUCGCGCCCUCAAGGCGGCUCUGGGCGUGUUCACCUAUCUGCCAUGUCUGUUCGACGUUUACCGCUUUGUGGACCGCGUGGGCGGUCUGUACUCGCCGUCGGUGAACAAAUUCAUCUAUCCAGAGAGCAACGACUGGCUGAAGAGAGCCACGCAGUUCCGAUGGAACCUGGACACCGAGUCCGAGACGUUUCUCAAUUAUCUGAAUGGCUUCCACCUGGUGACCUCCGCCGAGCUGGUGGCUGCUGCCAAAAAAAUCGCCAGUUCCACCAACGAGCCGAAAAUAUUGAUAUGUUGCGGAGCCGCCGAUAGCGUCACUCCGUACAGUGUGAGCGAGGCAAUUGCCCGGGAAUUGGAGUCAAACGGCGUUCUUAUCAAGCUGGAGAGGAUCGACAAAGCCAAUCACUCUGUUUUUCUGGACAGGCCGCACUAUUUGACUGGCGUCAUCUACCAGUUUGUCGAGAAUCUCCAAUUGAACGUCAGUUGCACCUGGGUUUUACAGGUGAGAGCGCAGAUCAGCGGUGACAAGUGGGGGCUGAAGAAUAAGGAAAAAUGGGACAAAGUGGUGACAAUCUCUGCACCGCUACGUGCUGCCGGCAAGCCAGAAGCGCCGUUGUUGGGCAUGAAAACGCUUCGUCAGACCGACGAGGUGCACAAUCCCACGGUUUUCGAGAAAGACCAUCCAGAAGUGGUGGCCAUCAUAGAUAUCGGGUCGGACACCCCGGCGUACGAGCCGGCAGACUUCAAAAGAGUCCGCUACGUCAAGUUCAAGACCGAGUCGAAGGUCACGCCGGACAACGUGACGAUAGUCAAGUUCAUCGCGGUGGCAGACGCGAUCGCCAAAGAGCUCUCGGCGGGCCAGUACAUCGGCGUGCACUGCCACUACGGCCAGAACCGCACCGGGUUCUUCAUCUGCUGCUACUUGGUCGAGAAACUCGGCUGGACGGUGAAAGAGGCGCUCAAUGCGUUCGAGGCCGCCAAACCACCGGGAAUCCGCCACGAGCAUUUCAAGAACGCUCUCUACCUCAGAUACGGUGAAUAG